AUGCAAGUCUAUUUUGUGCUCUACUUUUUGUGUUAUAUAUUCUCCAUCUUUGUAAUUACAACAGCAGUAGACACCAUUGUUGUAACUCAGUCAAUAAGAGACGGUCAGACUUUAGUUUCUUCGGGUGGGAAUUUUGAGCUAGGAUUCUUUAGCCCAGGUAAUUCCAAAACUUGGUAUAUAGGAAUAUGGUACAAGAAGAUAUCUACAAUGACAGUGGUAUGGGUUGCCAACAGAGAUACCCCUCUUAACAAUACAACAGGAGCUUUCAAACUUGUGGACCAUGGAAUUCUUGUCCUAACGGAUGAAGCUAACAAUGCCAUUUGGUCUUCCAAUUCAUCAAGAGCAGCAAGCAACCCUGUUGCGCAGCUUCUUGAUACAGGAAACUUUAUAGUGAGAGAUGGAAAUAGUGAUGCAGAAAAUAUAAUUUGGCAGAGUUUUGAUCAUCCAGCUGAUACGUUUCUGCCUGGUAUGAAGUACGGAUUUAAUUUGGUAACUGGCUUGAGUCUAGUGUUGACAUCAUGGAAGAGCCCUGACGACCCUUCAGGAGGUGAUUAUACUAAUCAGCUUGAUCCAAAUGGAUUACCACAGUUUAUUCUUAGGGAGGGACCAACAGUGUUAUUCCGGGCAGGACCAUGGAAUGGUCUACAUUUCAGUGGUAUGCCUAAUUUGCAACCCAACCCAAUUUAUAAAUAUGAACAUGUUUCCAAUCCGGUGGAGACUUACUAUACUUAUAAGCUUAUUAAUGACUCGGUUGUUUCAAGGAUGGUUUUAAGUCCUGAUGGCAAAUUGCAGCGGCUUAUAUGGAUUAAUAGAACACAGAAUUGGAGCCUUUACUUAACAGUACAAAUGGAUGGCUGUGACAGGUACGCACUAUGUGGUGCAUAUGGUAGUUGCAACAUCGACAACUCCCCAGCUUGUGAGUGUUUGACAGGAUUUGUGCCAAAAUUUCCAAAAGAUUGGAAUGCGACGGAUUGGUCACAUGGAUGUGUACUGAAGACACCUUUAAAUUGUGGGGCUGGUGAGGGCUUUCUAAAAUACUCUGGAAUUAAAUUGCCAGACACAAGGCAGUCCUGGUAUAACAGGACAAUGGACCUUGAUGAAUGCAGGGAUGUGUGCUUGAAGAACUGCACCUGUACAGCUUAUUCUAGUUUGGACAUUACCGGAGGAGGAAGUGGUUGCAUACUUUGGUUUGGAGAACUGAUUGAUAUAAGAGUGUACGCUGAAUAUGGGCAAGACAUUUACAUUAGGAUGGCAGCCUCUGAAUUAGCAGCAUAUGGAAGCUCGAAAAGAAAGAAACAAGUGAGGAUCAUAGUUAUUGCUUUAUUAUCUUUUGGAAUGGCUCUCCUUGGCCCAUGCUUGAUGAUAUAUGUCUUGAAGAAGAAGCCUAAAAGAGAAGGAAUUAUUUUAUACAAUCCGGGACCAAUACAGGACUUCACCACUGGAAGUGAGAAUGACGAUUUAGAGCUACCAUUAUUCAGAUUUGCUACAAUAGCUUAUGCCACAGAUAACUUUUCAGUUAAGAAUGUGCUUGGAAAAGGUGGCUUUGGACAGGUUUACAAGGGCAUACUAACAGAGGGACAAGAAAAUAAAGAAAUAGCAGUUAAGAGGCUCUCAGCAUAUUCAAGACAAGGACUCCACGAAUUCAAAAAUGAAGUUUUGAGCAUUUCCAAGCUUCAGCAUCGUAACCUCGUGAAGAUUUUAGGAUGUUGCAUUCAAGAAGAAGAAAGAAUGCUGAUAUAUGAAUACAUGCCCAACAAAAGCUUGGACUACUUCAUUUUUGAUCCAAAUCGAAGCAUAUUAAUAGAUUGGCCUAAGCGCUUCCACAUUAUCAAUGGGAUUGCACGGGGGCUACUUUAUCUUCAUCAAGAUUCCAGAUUGAGAAUUAUUCAUAGAGAUCUAAAAGCUAGCAAUAUUUUACUGGACUAUGAGAUGAAUCCAAAGAUUGCUGACUUUGGCAUGGCUAGAAUUUUUGGAGCAGACGAAACUGAAGCAAAAACAAGCAGAGUGGUUGGAACAUUUGGUUACAUGCCUCCAGAAUACGCAAUUGAUGGACUCUUUUCAAUAAAAUCUGACGUGUAUAGCUUUGGUGUUUUGGUAUUAGAGAUAGUGAGUGGUAAGAGAAACAGGGAAUUCUCUCAUCCAGACCACAAUCUUAACCUUCUUGGACAUGCAUGGAGACUAUAUAAGGAGGACAGACAAUUGGAACUAAUUGAUAAUUCAGAAAAGGAAUUGUGCAAUCCAAACGAAGUGUUACGAUCAAUUCAUGUAGGUCUGUUAUGUGUGCAGCAAUGUCCAGAAUAUAGACCGACCAUGUCUACAGUGGUUUUAAUGUUGAGUAGUGAGACUGCACUGCCUGAGCCUAAAGAGCCUGGUUUUCACACUGGAAGACAUCUAUCAGAAAUGGAUUCUUCACCAAUCAAGCAAGAAGGAUUUUCAACAAAUGGACUAACAAUUACAUUGCUAGAGGCUCGAUAA